AUGAGUUAUUGGGACAACAUUCCAACGUUUAAGAUGUCACCAACGCAAUUCUCAUCAUCCAGCCGCAGCGAUAUCAUUGAGGUCAGGCCUCAAUUUCCAAUGAGCAAUCAACGCUUUGAACCACAUUUAGCAUCGGAUCGUUCCCAUUCCUUCAAAAGGCCAAGAAUGUCUGACAACAACCCUUCCAAUGCACUGAUGGGCCCUCCACCAAACAGACCGACCGGCAACAUUUUCUUCAAGACCCGCAUAUGUACCAAGUUCGGGUUUGGUAGCUGUAGAAACGGUGAAGCUUGUACCUUUGCUCAUGGGGCUGAAGAGAUAAGGCAGCCACCGCCAAACUGGCAGGAGCUUGUGGGUUCUCGCACUGAAGAACGGCUGCAAUUGGGCGGGAAUUGGAAUGAUGAUCAGAAAAUCAUUCACAAGAUGAAGCUUUGCAAGAAGUAUUACAAUGGUGAGGAGUGUCCUUAUGGUGAUAAGUGUAACUUUCUUCAUCAGAAUCCUGCUAAGUUCAGGGAUGACUCUUGGGGAACAAGAGAGUCCACGGCAAUAAGCAUUGGAGCUACUGGUUUCCCAAACUCUUUUGGGGAUGGUUCUAAUAGUUUGGUGGAAGGCAAUAGGGCUGCGACUAAGCCAGCAAAGGGUACUUGCUGGAAGACUAAGCUGUGUCUUAAGUGGUUGAAUACCGGUAGCUGUCCCUUUGGUGAUGGCUGUCACUUUGCUCAUGGAGAUGCAGAGUUACUAGUUCCUGGUGGAGGCAUUGAAACUGAAGCUGCAGUUGCCAUAACAAAUUCAACAAAAGCUGUCAUUCCAACUUUACCAACAACAGCCUUAUCAAGUUCUGCCCAUGAUGCAUUACCAGCAAGUGUACCUUCGGUGACGGAAGAGGAGAAGAAGGCAAAGAAGGAAUUACUUUGGAAGAAAUUAAACAAGAUCAACCAUAUUUAUGGCGAUUGGAUUGAUGAUUUACCCCUAGACCGUCCUGAUUCGCCAAGGGAGCCCUGA